CACGGCUGGGAAUUGUUUCAAGUAGUAAUAAAUUGGAGACCGCUUUUAUUUGUAUAACCUUACUGUAGUUCUUAUUGUUAGUGCAUAUAACAAUUGAGGCACCAAAGCUACGAUUUGCUGAUGAGAGCGGUCGUCGCCAUGUCGCUGACCAGCAGCUACACAAAUGCCGAGGAUUAUUUUAAGGCUGCAGUGGACUUUUUGUGCUCUUACUCGUGGAUUUAUCUUGAGGUAAACACAUCUUGUCUUAGAUCAAUCGACUCCAUGCCACAGGACUUUAAAGACUAUUUUCUGGAAAUAUCAAAAGAAAACUUAGAUGUGUUUCCCUUAAUACACGAAGAGUUACACAUUUCUAUUCCAUCGUUGGAAGAAUUUCGCAAGAAACUGGCAUCUUUGACACCUGCAUCUGUGGCUCUAGAAGCCAUUAGACCAACACCAAGGCCAAAGGUUAAUCACCAGCGUAAGAUGUCACCCAAAAAGCUACAUGAAAUUCAGCAACUGGCAACACACAUAAAUAGCCAUUGCCAGGAUACGCAGCUCCUUGUUGACUUGGGCUCUGGACUUGGCUAUCUUACUGAAGCCCUGUACGAGCUAAAACCCAGUCUAAUGAUACUUGGCUUGGAGGCGGACGAAAGUAGAGUGCAGGCAGCACGUAAACGUUGCAAGGAACUUCUACCAGCGGCGGCCUCUAAGUCGAUUAGUUAUCAAAGUUCAUACGUCAGUGCCAAAUCUCGUGCUUAUAUAGAAGAUUGCUCAAUGGAGCUGGCACGUAGCAAUGGCUGUUUGUCACUGAGUAAAAUGUCUAUAAUAGGACUGCAUGCCUGUGCGGAUUUAAGCAUAGUGGGAAUGCAAUUGUUCCUGUCAAUGCCUCUAGUUCAGUCUAUUCACAUUAUGCCUUGCUGCUACCACAAAUUAGCUCUGCGAAAUCUUAAUGAUGAUUCCGUAUUUGAAAACUUUCCAUUGAGUGCGGUUCUAAGUAAGGUGGUGGCAGCUCAAUCGAAACCUGUACACUUUAAUCGGCCGUUCCUAAGGCUUGCCUGUCAGCAGACAAGUGCCCGCUGGAGAUACAACCGCAGUCCUGGCGAUGGAUAUCAUAUGUUUGCGCGCGCUCUGGCCGAGGCAAUCUGUGAUGUGGGUGAAUCUAUAAAGUGCAAGAAACCCCCCACACCCAUAUCAAAUCAAGGACAGAUAACUUUCAGUGAUCUUCAGCGGAGAUAUCAAUUGACUUCGAAGGUGACUGGUCAGAACUUGGAAUGGCUGCCCUCACAUGAAUCAAAGUUUAUGGAAAUGACCGAAAAUUACUCCAACAAUAAAGGACCAUGUCUAGCGGAGGCUUUGACCUGCCUACAGACAAGUAUUCAGAAACUCUGUGAAAAUGUGGUUCUAUUCGACCGUUUGUGCUACCUGGAGGAAGAGGCUGCUGCUCGAAAUUUGCCAGUGAGAACAAAAUACGAACAACUGGUUGAUGAAAAGCUAUCGCCCCGCUGUCAUGUGCUGAUUGCCGAAAAGUUAUCAUGAUGCGGGCGGAGAAACUUUCAUGCAUAUCCUGUGGCCUAUCCUGUUUAUGUCUACUCACAGGAGCUAAUGCAAUUAGUAGACACUCUGUUUCUUUAAAUUUUAAGCGCGGCUGUGUGCCUUCAUCUUUGUGUAUUCAUAUACCACGGUCUGUUGUCAUCAAUUAAAAUCAAUGCCAGGCUAAGGAAACUGUGCACAAUAGCUGCCUGUUGUAUGAGUGUGUGUGUGUGUGUGUGUGCGUGUGAGUUUGUUUGUUCUUUAAGGAAGUGUUUUACGAGUAAGUGCUCCGCCUUUUUGCUCAUUACACGGCCAGCAGUCCUUGGUAAUUAAAUUUCUUGUAUCUCCUGGUAUGCAAAUACAAAACUCUGUAAGUAUA